AGGACCGAGGCUCAGGAAAAGCUCGAUAAAGCAGUCAAGGAGCACUUUGACGACUUGGCGGAGCGGUGGAAGUCGGAGAUGGAUACAUUGCUUGUCUAUGCCGGUCUCUUCUCUGGCGUUUUGACAGCGUUCAACAUAGAAUCCUACAAGCUCCUCCGACCGGCCCCCAUGGAUGAGACAGUUGCGGCACUUAAGCAGCUU